AGAUGUCUGCCUUGGAGUUCAGAGGGAACAGUAUAUUUAUUGACGCGUGACCAUGUCUUUGUGUUUCUGCUCUUUUAGAGCCAAUAUUCUUUAGAAGAUAUACGGAAAGAUGGCUGCUAUAACUUGGUCUUUGCGUGGAAGUGUCAAACUAGCGAAUGUUUAUUCGUCGUUUUCACUGGAGACAUGGAAUCCGGUUGUUCUGGCCGCUAUUUGUUCUCCAAUGCGACAGCAGAAAAGGUUUAUGUCCAAGCCUUUGCAAGGAAGAACAGUUCGAAUUGGCUGUGCGUCUGGAUUUUGGGGAGAUUCAGUUUUGGCAGCUCCACAGCUUGUUCGUGAUGGAGAAAUCAACUAUCUUGUAUCUGAUUACUUGUCAGAAAUCACUAUGUCACUCUUGACUGCAGCCAAACACAAAUCACCAACUUUAGGGUAUGCCCCUGACUUUAUACAGGCUGUGAUGAAACCACUCAUUAAACCUAUUAAACGAAAAGGUAUUCGUGUAGUGAGUAAUGCAGGGGGUGUCAAUCCACAUGAGUGUGCAAAUGCUUUGUUGGCCGUGGCAAAGGAGGCCGGUACUGACUUGAAAGUUGCUGUUGUCAGUGGAGAUGAUCUUAUGGCUGAUGCUGAGGAAAUAAGGCAAGCUGGUAUCAAAGAUAUGGACAGUGGACAAGACUUUCCAGGAAAUAUUGUGAGCAUGAAUGCAUAUUUGGGAGCUUUUCCUAUUGUGAGAGCAUUAGAGCAUGGAGCUGAUGUUGUUGUUACUGGACGAUGUACCGACAGUGCACUGGUGCUUGGACCUCUCAUGUACGAGUUUGGCUGGAAGGCAAAUGAUUAUGAUUUGCUUGCUUCUGGAAGUUUGGUUGGUCAUUUGAUUGAAUGUGGGGCUCAAUGUACUGGCGGCAUCUUCACUGACUGGCAGACAGUCCAAGACUGGGAUAAUAUUGGUUACCCAAUAGCAGAGUGUGCUGCAGAUGGAAAAUUUAUUCUUUCAAAGCCUCCUAAUACUGGUGGCCUGGUGUCUCCAUCUACUGUAGCUGAACAGCUUGUUUAUGAACUAGGAGAUCCAGCUCAGUACAUUCUUCCAGAUGUUACCUGUGACUUUACACAAGUUAGGCUUCAAGGACUCAUUGGAUAUGAUGGUGGAGCAGUUCUUGUGCAAGGAGCAACUGGAGAGCCAGCCACAGAUUCGUAUAAGGUGUGUGCUACAUAUGCUGAUGGUUUCCGUGCCACUGCAGUGUGUCCUGUUGGGGGGCCAUUUGCAUCACUGAAAGCAAAGAAAACUGGUGAAGCCCUCUUGAAAAGGACAAGAAGAAUGUUUGAAGAACUGAAGUUGGAUGAUUACACAAGAACUCAUGUCCAGGUAUUAGGAUCUGAGCAGACUUAUGGAAAACAUGCCUUUCCAGGGGUUUUGACAGCCAAUCCAAGAGAAGCAGUGUUAUGGCUGGCAGUUCAUCACCAACAGAGAAAAGCGCUGGAACUGUUUGCAAUGGAGAUUGCUUCUGCAGGAACUAGCAUGGCUCCUGGAUUGACUGCUAUUGUAGGAGGCAGACCUAGAGUAUCACCACUGCUGAGGCUGUAUUCUUUCUUGUAUCCUAAGGAGAAAGUCAAGGUUGAUAUUCACAUAAAUGGUGAAUACGUCGAGACGAUGUCGCCCUCAGUACCAGAUGAGCCACACGCCGAGAGAGACAGAGAGAUGAGAACACAUGAAGCCACGCCCAGGAUAAGAAUGCCAAAGGGCCGCUGUACAUUUCCGCUAAGUUCAUUGGCACUUACAAGGAGUGGUGACAAAGGAAAUAAUGUGAAUAUAGGUGUCAUUGCUCGCCACCCAUCUUAUGUUCCCUUUAUACGCGCUGCACUGACUGAGGAGUCUGUAGAGAAGUAUUUCAAGCACUUAUUUCCCUCCCCGCCAGAGGAAGGACGCUGUAGAGUUAAAAGAUACGAGCUUCCUGGAAUCAACGCGUUCAACUUUGUUUUAGAGGACGCAUUAGGAGGGGGUGGGGUAACUUCACUUCGCAGUGAUCCACAGGGUAAAGCCCUUGGUCAGAUGCUUCUAGACUUUAGGAUAAAGAAUGUUCCUGAUAUUUUACCUUCUGUUAUUGAACCAAACCUUUAAGGACAUACGCAAAGUGGUGAUGGAAUGCAACCAAGAAGUUAUGCAGUGGGUUUGCCGUGGUAUUCCUUAAAAUGUUGCACAAGUGAUUGCAAUUUUCUGAAUGUGACAGCUUUCUAAGCUGGCGUAAUCUACUAUCAAGACCAAGAUGGCGGCUGCUCGAUCUCUUGAUCUUUGUUCACCGUUACGAGACAGGCCGCACAAGACUGCUUGCUGUGGGCAAGCAUAAAGUUUUUGUUGCCGAGUUUCCGCAAUCCUUUUGAAAUGGAGAAUUUGAUUUCGUCCUGUUUCGUGCAACGCUUACUGCAGCGAAACUGUACAGCCCUGCAAAUGAUCACGGAAUCGCGAUGAUCAUGGGACCGCAAAUGAUCACGGGACUGCAAAUGAUCCCGUUAAAAAAUGAAUGGCAUGGAUAUUUUUAUGAAGCUGUUGAAACUACUAAUUCAUGACAAAUUUAAAACGAAAUAAUAAACAAGAGAAAAUAAUUAAAGAAAAAUAAUAAAGAAAAAAAUUGAAACAUUUGUACAUGCAUUGGAGAAGCUUUUUAAUGUCAAUGACUAAGUAACGCAAGGUUGGCUAAAAAGUUAAUUUAACCCUCAGUUGACAGUCGUUCGUCGUUGGUGGGACUUCUGGUUUUAAAAUCAAAAGUUAGUAAGGUCAUCUCAACCUUGUAAACUUUGCCUUCUAUGUGUUUGUGACCUGGUGUAAAGAUUUGCUAGUUUUUUUUUUUGUGGGCCAUGAAAGCAAAACCCGCAAAGAACGCAACAUAUAUUAGAAACCGCAAAAAUUCGGUGUAACACGUUACCACAUCAUUCCAUUAUCCACCCCUUUAUCCAUACUGUUUCAAUUAUUUUUUUUUUUUCGACGAAAUCAUUUACGGUCCAAUUUGGGGUUCGUUUAUUGUCCAAUUUGAGAUCAUUUACGGUCCAAUUUGGGGAUCAUUUGUGGAACUGUACAAAACCGUUGCGAAACGGAAUUUAUCGGAAUCAUUUACGGUCCAGUUGGGAGAUCAUUUAUUGUACAAUUUGGGAUGACUUUCGGUCCCAUUUGCGGAUAAUUUAUUGUCCAAUGUGAGAUCAUUUACGGUCCAAUUUGCGGAUCAUUUGUGGAGCUGUACAAAACCGUUGCGAGACGUUCAUUUCAAGGUGUGUUACAUCAGGCAAUUUCUCGCACAAUGAAUAAAAUUUCCGGGGAACAAUUGGUAACUGUGACUCGAAGCACAUUAUGGCAGAAAACGCUAUUGCAUAGAAGCUAAAUCCUAAAUCGUCCAAGACGUAGGAUAAAUGAAUGUGAUGCUAUACCCGUACUUUGGUGUUUGUAAUGGUAAUUGUGUAGAGUGGAUCAAUUUGUUAGUGACGAAUACUCAACGCCGGGCAACACCCAGGCUUUUCAUGCAUGUGUAAAUGCUGAAAGCGAAAAAAAAAAAAAAUAUAUAUAUAUAAUAAUAAUAAUAAUAAUAUAAAAGCCAAAAUAUUCUGUGAAGUGUGGGCAGACUGCUGAAAAUUGUAAGUUUUUCUCAUGUAGUGCGAUGUACAUCUAGGAAUUUUUUUGAGAAAUAAAGGGAAAAGAUGGUGUUAAAACUUUAAAACUCACUGCAUAAAACAGAUAAGGACUUGAUCCGAGCUCCUGUUGAAAGUCGACUCAACUUUUAGCCAGUAAAUUGUGCCUGCUUUUUUAACGAUUAAAGUUUCCCAUUUCCGGCAUCUUAGCGGAAUUUGCAAUAAACACAUUCAAGGGUUA